GCAAAUUUAAAUUUGUUGUUACUUUGCAGCAUUAUUUUAACCAUGUAAAUCUCAUCCAAGUACUCAUAGAACAUUCAAGUCAUAAGAGUGUGUCUCUGUUUUUAUAUGUCCAUAAUUUAUUUGUACUAAACAAGGGAAGUUUACAGGUGAAGAGUUCAAGAAAAAGACUGCUGUGACACAGUGUGAGUUGUGACUGUGAGAAUCUGUCAUGGACCCUGCACAGAAGACAGCCUUAAGGAAGUCUCGAGUUCAUCUGGUCAACCAUCUCGAGAUGAGACAUCUCUAUGAUUACAUACUUAAAGAUGAGCUGUUGACACCAAUCAUGGUUGAAACCAUACAGGCCAAGGAAUGUAGACCAGAUCAGGUGCGGGCUUUUCUUGACAUUCUGCCGCGUCGCGGUCCUACAGCCUACAACAUUUUUCUGAAGAUUCUGACGGAGAGUGGUCAAAAUGCUCUUGCAAAUCACAUCAAACAGGAAUAUGACAGAGAAACUGGCAAUGCAAGCGGUCUCUCUGAGCUGAGUCUUACUCCAGAAUCCUCAUCGGACAAUGAGGACAUGGAAGGUGUAGAAGUAUUCAAGGGCACUUCCCUGAUAACUGCAGUGCAGGAAACAGGCAGUCCAGUUGCUAACCUACCAGACCCCCAGUCCAUCGUGUCCUUGACCUCUCAAGGUAGCUCCGCCUCUCUGGGACCAGGGUACACAGGAAACUAUGAGGAGGAGUACCGCAUGGAGUCAUCUCCACGAGGAUUUCUCCUAAUCAUCAACAACCGCACGUUCAGGGGAGAUCUUGAAGAAAGGGUGGGCACAGAUGUUGACUGUGCAAACCUCAAAUGUCUGUUCCUAAGUCUGGGGUUUGGAGUGGAAUUGAGGACAAAUCUUACUGCAGAGGAGAUCAUUGCCAAUCUGGAGGUGUUGUCACGACAUGAGCAGCUGCCCUCUGUGGACUGUCUAGUGGUUGCCAUUCUAACACAUGGGUCGGAUGAUUACCUGUACGGGGUUGAUGAAAUGUUUGUUGAUGUAAACCAUUUGUACGAGAAGUUAAGUGCUACACAGUGCCCUGCCCUUAUUCACAAACCAAAGUUUUUCAUUGUAAAUGCCUGUAGAGGAGAUGCUGAAGACAAAGGCAUCCUUGCUACUCCAAGCAUCGGCAGGUGCUCUGUGGGAGUUGACGUGAACAAGAUACCAGACACGGCCCAGGCAGUCAGACGUAUAGCCAACAUGCAGGACUUCCUUAUUGCUUACUCUACCAUACCUCGGCAUGUGAGCUGGCGACACAAGACAGAAGGAAGUUUCUUUGUACAGGGAUUUGUGAAAGUUUUUAAAGAGUGGGCCUCUACCAUGGAUGUUGUGUCCAUGCUGGUAAAGGUGAACCAUCACGUGUCCAGGAUUGACGAGUAUGCUGGCAUACAGAUACCAAGCCCGCAAGUCAUGUUGACCAAGAAGUGGUACCUUAAUCCACCCAAUGCUGCUAACAGUAGCUGAAAUAUUCCGGGUACCAAGAUCAGAUUAUGACUGUACUUUGGACGCAUUUGUAGUCCCAUUUAUUGGAGACCUUUCUUACUAGAUUCAAGAUUUUAAGGCUACAUCUACAAACCUUAAGAUACUGAUGAACAGCAAACAGCAUAAAACCUGCACAGACUGCAGGUGACUCGCAGGCUGUUCUGGUUUUAUGUUGUUUGUGCAUAGCCAUUUUCACUUAGGUUCUGAGUGGGAAAGGAUUAACCCUUUCAGUGCGGGAACCGAAUUUUGAAGGCCUUUGCAAACAGUUUGGAUACAGAUGAGACGCCACAGAACGUGGCGUCUCAUCAGGAUCCAAACUGUUUGCUAUUCUGAUAGUAUUCUUUGAAAAAAAAUAUAAGAAAAUGCUAUUUUAGAAAUUCAGCAGAAGACAUUUUAGCAGACGACAAAUUUCCCAGCAUGCAAAGGGUUAAAUAGUCAUGUAUGGAAAUGUGUUCAGUUUGAAAUAUAGAAAAAAUGAGUUAUUAUCGUCACAUUGUGUGGGUUACUAAAGUUUCUGGUCAUUUGAAAUUCAGACAAGAAUGACCUUAUAGACCUUAUAUUAUACUCAAACAUGGUCAUUAUCUGUACAGAAAAUUAGAUAUUUGUAAAACUGAAUACAUACAUGGUUGGGGUAGAACAUUAUUAGUGGAGAUAAUAGCAUCAAAGCAUCAUAAGUAAAAAAAAAUUUUACAGAUCUCAUUGCAGACGUGUAAAUUUCUGUAAAAAAAAGGUUGAUUUUCAUGGGAUUUGUAUGAUUCUUUUUUUAACCCUUUGCAUGCUGGGUACCGGGUAAUUUGUCUUCUGCUAAAAUGUCGUCUGCUGAAUUUCUAAAAUUAGCAUUUUCUUCGAUUUUUUUCAAAGAAUACUAUCAGAAUAGCAAACAGUUUGGAUCUUGAUGAGACGCCACGUUCUGUGGUGUCUCAUCUGGAUCCAAACUGUUUGCAAAGGCCUUUAAAAUCCGGUUCCAGCGCUUAAAGGGUUAACUAAGAAUGUUACUAAAUGCUAACUAUGUUAUUGACA